AGCGGUCUGCUGUUUGGAGAAGUCCAAGGGCUCUUGAUGUGGCGGUGAUCACAAUACACCAGUCAUAUCAUAUUUGUCAGAACCAAUCACAGAGCCCGUAACAUAAUAUUCCAUUUGUUACGUUCGGUUCCGUUGGAGUUAGAUUGUGGUCAGUUAUAUGCGGUUAUAUACAUUGUGUGAUAUGCAUGAAGAAUUUGCAAGGAAUAAUGGUGGCUUGAAGUAUGGAUGGUGAGAAAUAUAAACCUCUGGCAGUCCUUCCACUGGAAAGUGUUAUUUCUACUAUUCAAAAAUGUUACCUACCAAGUUUUUGUUCAGAAAUAUUAAAGAAAUGUAAAGUUGGAAGUUGUAUUCUUCUACGGAUAUCAUCAACUACCAAAUGUUUGUGUAAACUGUACUGGAAAAGUGACCUACACAAUGCAUUCUGUCAGAUAGAUGAAAGUGUUUUGACUUUUAGUGGGGAUGAGAGAAUGUUAAUGGGCUUACCUCGGCAAACAGUUAAUCGGACAUACAAGGAAUUGUCAUUGGAACAGAUUCAAGUUCUUUCUUCGUGUGUUGAUAUCAGAGAUUUACAUUUAUCAGUAGUCUUUGAAAAUGUAAGUGAUAAUAAGAGAUGGCAGGAGUAUAUUGAUACUCUUCAGGACAUUGUAAAGGACAUACUGAAGUUGUACAUACUGGUUAAGGAUUCCAUAGUGUACACAAAGAAUUUGAAUCAGUGGCAGAAGUUUGGAAUUUAUUGCAUUGUGAUUCAUGACAUAGGUGUGUUAAAGACUGUGGAUGCCUCAACCAUUGGGAGAGUUGUAUCUGGCACACAAGUUUCUGUGGUUCACCAGCUGAGUAGAGUGUGGUUUGAGCAGCUUCAGAAUCCUGGUCCUGGGACUCCUCUUGGUGGACUUGAUGGCCCAUAUCAGACCCUUCAAGAGAUUAUGUGUCAGCAUAAAUUGUAUCAACAGGCUGCUUGGAAACUGGGACUCAGACCUUGCCGUCAGGUGCUUGUGGUGGGGCCAUCAGGAUGUGGGAAGACAAGUUUAGUUCGUAAUGUGACUGCAGACUGUGAAGCAGUACUGGUGAGUGUUCAAGGCCCAGAAGUUUACUGCCCUCGUCCUGGAGAUACUGAAGGCUGGUUGCGAGAUGUAUUUGAGGAAGCAUCUGAUUUGGCACAGGAAGGGGUUUGUGUUUUGUUGUUGGACGAGGUGGACAGCCUGUGUCCAAGGAGAGGUGUAGGGGGAUUGACUCCGCACCAGGCACGGGCUUCAGCACAACUUCUUACACUCUUGGAUCGUGCAGAUCAAAUAAGAGGACUUGUAGUGAUUGCUACUACCAACAGACCAAAUGCACUGGAUCCAGCUAUACGCAGGCCAGGGCGACUGGAGACAGAGGUGCACAUUGGAGUUCCUACUGAAAAUGAGAGGCAGCAGAUACUGGAAGUGCUGUUGUCUCCACUCUUAAUUCAGGAAAAGUCCCAGCUGUGUAACAGGAUAGCACAUCUCACACCAGGCUAUGUUGGAGCUGAUCUGUCACUCCUAUGUCAAGAUGUUUUUCUCGGCAGGUAUAGAAGAAAGAUACAGAACAGUGCACACAGUUCAGAAGAAUGGCUCUUGGACUUCCAGGCUUCAUUGGCCAGAGUAAGGCCUUCCUCAUUGAGAGGUGGUUUAGGUGUGGUUAUGACUCAGCAUGCCAAACUGUCAGAUAUUGGUGGCAUGGAAAGUAUUAAGCAGUCACUGUGUGCUGCUGUUGAAUGGCCAUUACUAUAUCCAGAAACUUUUGCAAAGUUUGGACUUCCACAGCCUAAAGGUGUUCUACUGUAUGGACCACCAGGUUGUGCAAAAACGUCUUUGGCUUGUGCACUUGCCUCUGCAAUGAAUGUCACAUUCCUUUCUGUCUCUGCUGCUGAUCUCUACUCGCCAUAUGUGGGAGAUGCGGAGAAAAGUAUUGGUGAACUGUUCCAUCGAGCUAGACUGGGAGCUCCAACGAUCCUCUUCAUUGAUGAAAUAGAUGCUUUAGUUGGCAGCAGAGGGCACAGGGAACAAGGGGUACAGGAGCGUGUAUUGUCAGCUUUGCUCACUGAGAUGGAUGGAAUUGGUGUCCAGCAAGAUUCUGUGUCUACCAUGUAUAAGACUUACAGAGGGAAUAAGUCUGUUUGCCCUCCACAGAUUAACGUGGGUGUAGUAGUAAUAGCUGCAACAAAUCGCCCAGAUAUGCUAGACAAUGCCCUGCUACGACCUGGGCGUUUUGACAAGCUGCUGUAUGUGCCGCCACCUGAUAAUGCAGCUAGGUUGGCGAUCUUGCGUGUCCUCACAGCACACAUUCCACUUGGUGACUGUGUUGAUCUGCAGUUUCUUGCUCUCACGACAAACCUCUUCUCUGGUGCUGAUAUGAGCAACCUUUGUAGAGAGGCUGCAUUUUGUGCACUGACAGAAGAAGGAAUGGCAGUGAAGCAGGUGAAACACAGACAUUUUUUGCAAGUGUUACACCACCUUUGUCCAUCUUUGUCUCAACGCCAAGUUGACUGGUAUAGCUGUUACAAAAAGUGUGAUAAAUAAAAGUCACUUACAGCCUUAUCAUCAUACUAGACAUGAUCAUUGAAGUGUAGAGUUUGUCUUUCAAUUACCUUGGUCAAUCCAACGCUCUAAUCCUAUGAGAUUGAUUAUGUUUUUGUUAUCACCAAUCAGCCUGACAAUAUUUCACUGUUUUUCUUCUUUGGGGUUUCUGUUGUGGUUUUUAUUAAAGGAACCACCGAGAGGCUACGGUGUGUAUUAGGGCACAAAACUUUAUGUGUAAAAGACAGGAUGUGCCCUGGCACAGUUGCUAAAUAUUCCCUCUGUGUAUGUAUAUGAGGGUUCAGAUGAAACCUGUUUAUGUAUUUUUCCAUAUUUGGACUCCACAGUGGUUCCAGCAGCAGCCCAAGGAGUAAAUGGAGAGAUCUGUUGGCUGGUGCAUCAGUAAAAUGCAUGCCUCAACACUUACAUGGAUUAUUUUUACCAGCUUCAACUCCUUUGCCCAGAACAAUCCCCAAAUGUGUUUUCAUUCUAACUUCCCUUAUGUUUCCCCUCCCAUAUUAUAAUUUAUAUAGUGAAUGCUGUAAAAGAAUGAUUAGUCCUCCUGAUACAUGUCAUUCCAAAGAAUAUGGUCAGAUCUGAGAUCCUGUGUUUGCUAGGCUUAAAGAAUUUUAAUGUGUGUUGUUAGAAGUAAUGUCAUAGCUAUCCAGAUGUGUUUUAAAAAUUUAAAACAAUGAGAGACCUGUGUACUUCUAUUAAUUUUAAUAGUGUAUGUUUUAUGAUAUAGACUGUAACUUUUACACAAGCUGUAUAAGUCAAAUUUAUGCUCGGUGCCUUAAUUAGUUAAGCGGUGGGACAACUUUACUGUAUCCCAUUAACUCUCAUCAUAUGCGUAUGCCACAUGGCUAAUCACAUAAGAUAAGUUUCUACCUGACCAGACAACAGGUUUAUCACAAAAGUCUCCAGAUAUAGCCAUUCAUAAAUCAAAGUAAAGAAUAACAAAUUUAAUUGGAAAGAAUAAAUAAGGAUAGUGUAACUGAAUACAAAGACCUUAUCAACCAAAUAAGGUCUUUGUACUGCCUCAAACUUAUAAACCCAUAUUUGUGUGUAUGUAUGAGAGGGUUUAAUAACUCAUUGUAACUUGACAGAUGCAAUUUGUAAUGUGACAUAUUUUAAACACACAUACUGGUUCUAUGCAAAACAUUUAGGUGUUUAUUUACUGUGCUGUAGGGUGUGUAAAAUAUGAAAUCCUGGAAAAGGACACAGGUUCAAGUUUUGAUACACUUUCACAUCUUGGAUGUUCCAAAUAGAAAAAAAGUUUCUUGUCCAAAACAUUAAUUCUAGGAGGUAAGUUACACAGAAAUUGUAGUAAUUUUUAAA